CACUCGCCACUAGGCGAAUUCAUUGUGGAGCUGCUUUCCGAGAAAUACGAGUAUGCACGCCAUGAAAGUGAUCUUUGUGCUGGGCCUUGCCCUGGCUGUUGCCUCCGCCGGCCUUGCUGGUGCACCGAGGACCCUCGAUGGCGAAGAUCUAAAGGAGGCGGAGCAGCUAUUGAGCACAACGCUGUCCAAGCUGGCCACCGGCGAUGGACCCAACUACCAAGUGGUUAAUCUGAUAUCGGUGACCUCUCAAGUGGUUUCUGGCAGUCUGCACACCUUUAAGGUGGAACUGUCCGAUGGAGAGGACAAGAAGCAGUGCACCGUCAAGAUCUGGUCGCAGCCAUGGCUCGAGGAGAAGGGCACCAAUAUCAAGGUGCAGUGCGAGGGCGACAAGGCAGAGCUGGAUCGCACCUGGUAGGCAGACCAUCAGAUCAUCCUAUAGAUAAUCAUAAAACAUGGUUUUUUUGAGGGUUUUAAUAUUGAAAACAUGUUUUUCCAAUAAAUGAACAAAAU